CCUGGGGCCUCACUAGAACUUCGACUCGAACGAAUCCAUCCAAUCCAUCCUUUCCACUAUGGCGGCCGUCUUCGCCUCUAGGGCACAGACUCUAACGAGACCCCGGGUCGUCUUGGUCUUCUCCCUCGUCCAACUUAUAUUUAAGAAGACUCGUUUCCCUCGUUCAUGACCGUUGCUCCCGCCCAUCACCUUUUCUUCUUCAUCCAAAAGACCAAGGUCACUUGACCUUUCCUAUCAUUCUUUAAGCCCUGACUCUUCAAGAGUUACCCACAGGGGAAACGUCAAGAUGGAAUCAAAGAGUUCCAGCGACAACCCGACCAAUGUGUCCCAGGAGAAGGGCACUACCAUCACCGAGCACCCUGGCGAUGUCCAGGCCGGUGGUGGCUUCGCCUUCCAGGAGGAAAGCAAGUGGACCCGAAAUGGUCUCACUCUCGAGUCCUUCCAGCGCCGCAGGGACACCGGUGACCAUGAGCUUGAUCGUCGUAUGAAGCCUCGCCAUCUUCAGAUGAUUGCCAUCGGUGGUUCUAUCGGUGCUGGUUUCUUCGUCGGCUCAGGAAAGGCCCUUUACACUGGCGGUCCUGGAUCUGUUCUCAUCGACUUCAUCAUUAUCGGUGCUAUGAUCUUCAACGUUGUCUUCGCUCUCGGUGAACUUGCCGUCAUGUAUCCCGUGUCUGGUGGUUUCUAUAUCUACUCGUCUCGCUUUAUCGAUCCUUCUUGGGGUUUCGCCAUGGGUUGGAACUAUGUCGCACAAUGGGCUACCGUUUUACCACUCGAACUGACAAUCUGUGCUGUCUGUAUUGAAUAUUGGAAUGAUGAGCUCUCGCCCGGAAUCUUCAUUGCAAUCUUCCUUGUUGCCAUCAUUCUCAUCAACAUCUUUGGCGGUAUCGGAUACGCUGAGGAAGAGUUUUGGUCAUCUUGCCUCAAGCUCGGAGCUACUGUGGCUUUCAUGAUCAUCUCUCUCGUCCUUGUCUGCGGUGGCGGUCCUUCCCACGGUCGAUACAACGAGUACUGGGGCACACGCUACUGGAGAGAGGACCCCGGUGCUUUCAAGAACGGUUUCAAGGGAUUCUGCUCUGUCUUCGUCACUGCUGCCUUCUCUUUUGCCGGUACUGAGCUUGUUGGUCUUGCUGCUGCUGAGUCUGAGAACCCUACCAAGGCUCUCCCUGGCGCCAUCAAGCAGGUUUUCUGGCGUAUCACCCUGUUCUUCGUUCUUGGUCUCUUCUUCAUCGGCCUUCUUAUCAAGUCCACUGAUGACCGACUUAACAUUUCCGGCUACUCCAACGCCAAGGCCUCGCCUUUCGUGCUUGUUGGCGAGUACUCCGGCCUUACUGGUAAAGCUGACUUCAUGAAUGUCAUUAUCCUGGUCUCUGUUCUAACUCUUGGUGUGUCUUGUGUUUACGGUGGCUCCCGUACCCUGACUGCCAUGGCUCAGAACGGAUAUGCUCCCAAGGUGUUCACCUACAUCGACCGUGGUGGCCGCCCCCUUGUUUCCGUCGCUGUCCACAUUCUCAUGGGUUUCAUCGCUUUCGUCAACCUUGAUCCCAAGGGUGGACAGAUCUUUGACUGGCUCCUGGCUCUUUCUGGUCUCUCGACCCUGUUCACCUGGGGUUCUAUCUGCCUUGCCCACAUUCGCUUCCGCAAGGCUUGGGCUCGACAAGGCCACACUCUGGAUGAGAUUCCUUUCAGGGCCGCUUUUGGUGUUGUCGGCUCCUGGAUCAGUCUCGGCCUCAUCUGUCUCGUCCUUAUUGCCCAGUUCUAUGUUGCUAUCACUGCUCCUCCUGGUGAAUCUGGUAUGGGAACUGUCGAGGGAUUCUUCAUCUCGUACCUCGCUUUGCCUGUUGUCCUUGCCUUCUGGGCUAUUGGCUAUCUCUGGAAGCGUGAGGGUUGGCUGUCAAUCGACAAGAUCGAUGUCGACACUGGCCGACGUGAGCACAACUGGGACGAGAUCAACGCUUACCGUGCCAAGGUUGCCACUUGGCCCGCUUGGCGACGCUUCCUCAACAAGAUCAUGUAAAGCCUUGGUCUUGUUAUGAAGUUUGUUUCUCCCAUUUGCGUACUAGAGGCGCUUUGACUGGAAGCGUAUAUCAUAGAACAAAUCUCCUGUAUAUUCUUUAUCGUUAGAUACCAUAAUAGCAUGACAUUGUGCCAAUCUGAACAUCUUUUGCCCUUUAUAAAUGUUACUUGGUGGC